CUGGGCGGCCUCGAUCAGCGCCUUCCGCCUUCCCGCCGCUGCCGCCGCUCGGCUGCGGACGCGGCGCGAGGCCCGGGCCCGAGCGUGAGCGCAGAGCCCCGGUGCCAGGAGGGGCUGCGGCCGGUGGGCAGCGCGCCGGGCGGGGGCCGCAGCAUCCUCUCCCCCCUUGGCGCCUGGGCCGGGAGAGGAGGAGGCCGGGCGCCGGGCUGCCCGCCGCCCAGCGAGAUGCUGGAGGGGCGAAGGUGAGUGACAAUGGUGGAGAGGACGUGAUCUGCCUGGGUCCUUCUCUGCACACCGAGUAGCACCACCAUGCAGAAGCCCAGUGGCCUGAAGCCCCCUGGCCGUGGGGGGAAACACUCGAGCCCUGUGGGCCGGACGUCGACUGGGUCAGCAUCCACCUCUGCUGUGGCAGCAGCCACUGGCUCCAAGGAAGGCUCCCCGCUGCACAAGCAGGCUUUGGGCCCCUCCUCUGUGGUGGCAGCUGCCGCCCCCGAGAAGCCCAACCCGAAGGUGGCAGAGGUGGGCGAUGACUUCCUGGGGGACUUCGUGGUGGGCGAGCGGGUGUGGGUGAAUGGCGUGAAGCCAGGCGUGGUGCAGUACCUCGGCGAGACGCAGUUCGCACCAGGACAGUGGGCCGGCGUGGUGCUGGACGACCCCGUGGGCAAGAACGAUGGCGCCGUGGGCGGUGUGCGCUACUUUGAGUGCCAGGCCCUGCAGGGCAUCUUCACACGGCCAUCCAAGCUGGCCCGGCAACCCACAGCUGAGGGCUCGGGCAGCGAUGCCCACUCGGUGGAGUCACUCACUGCCCAGAACCUGUCACUGCAUUCAGGCACGGCCACACCGCCACUGACCAGCCGUGUCAUCCCGCUGCGGGAGAGUGUCCUCAACAGCUCGGUUAAGACAGGCAAUGAGUCGGGCUCCAACCUCUCAGACAGUGGCUCCGUGAAGCGGGGUGACAAGGACCUGCACUUGGGAGACCGCGUGCUGGUUGGUGGGACAAAGACUGGCGUGGUGCGGUACGUGGGGGAGACAGACUUUGCCAAGGGCGAGUGGUGUGGUGUGGAGCUGGACGAGCCCCUUGGGAAGAAUGAUGGGGCGGUGGCGGGCACCAGGUACUUCCAGUGCCCACCCAAGUUCGGUCUCUUUGCACCCAUCCACAAGGUAAUCCGCAUCGGCUUCCCAUCCACCAGCCCGGCCAAGGCCAAGAAGACCAAGCGCAUGGCCAUGGGUGUCUCGGCGCUGACCCACAGUCCCAGCAGUUCCUCCAUCAGCUCUGUCAGCUCUGUGGCCUCCUCGGUGGGGGGCCGGCCCAGCCGCAGUGGCCUGCUCACGGAGACCUCUUCACGCUAUGCCCGCAAGAUAUCAGGCACAACUGCCUUGCAAGAGGCGCUGAAAGAGAAGCAGCAGCACAUUGAGCAGUUGCUGGCCGAGCGGGACCUAGAGCGGGCCGAGGUGGCCAAGGCCACGAGCCACAUCUGCGAGGUGGAGAAAGAGAUCGCCCUGCUCAAGGCACAGCAUGAGCAGUAUGUUGCAGAAGCAGAGGAGAAGCUGCAGCGGGCCCGGCUGCUUGUGGAUAGCGUGCGGAAAGAGAAGGUGGAUCUGUCCAACCAGCUGGAGGAGGAGAGAAGGAAGGUGGAGGACUUGCAGUUCCGAGUGGAGGAGGAGUCCAUCACCAAGGGAGACCUAGAGACCCAGACGCAGCUGGAGCACGCGCGCAUUGGCGAGCUGGAGCAGAGCCUGCUACUGGAGAAGGCGCAGGCCGAGCGGCUGCUCCGAGAAUUAGCCGACAACAGGCUGACCACAGUGGCCGAGAAGUCGCGGGUGCCGCAGCUGGAGGAGGAGCUGACCCUGCGGCGCGGCGAGAUCGAGGAGCUGCAGCAGUGCUUACUGCACUCGGGCCCGCCGCCCGCCGCCCACCCGGAGGCUGCCGAGACGCUGCAGCCACGGGAGCGGCUUCUGUCGGCCAGCAAGGAGCACCAGAGGGAGAGCGGGGAGGUGCUGCGGGACAAGUACGAGAAGGCCCUGAGGGCCUACCAGGCCGAGGUGGAGAAGCUCCGGGUGGCCAAUCAGAAGUAUGAGCAGGAGGUGGUGGACCUCAAGGCCAAGGUCCAGCAGGCCACCAGCGAAAUGGGGCUCAUGGACAACUGGAAGUCCAAGCUGGACUCACUGGCCUCAGACCACCAGAAGUCCCUGGAGGACCUCAAGGCCACCCUGAACUCAGGCCCGGGUGCCCAGCAGAAGGAGAACGGAGAGCUGAAGGCCGGGAUGGAGGGCAUCAAGAUGGAGCACCAGCUGGAGCCGGGCAACCUGCGGGCCAAGCGCAGCAUCGAGACGGCCAUGCACAUGAAGGAGAAGGAGGGCCUGCGGCAGAAGCCGCAGGAGGCCCAGGAUGAGGUGGCUGGGCUACAGCAGCACUGGUGGGCCCAGCUGGAGGUGCAGGCUGGCCAGCCCCGGCUGGAGCUGCAGGAGGCCCAGGACGGGUGCCGCGAUGCCGAGCUGCGGGUGCACGAGCUGGAGAAGCUGGCUGUGGAGUACCGGGGGCAGGCACAGGCCAUCGAGUCUCUCAAGGAGCAGAUCUCCCUGGCCAAGAGGAAGAUGCUGGAUUACGAGGUGCUGCAGCGGUCGGAAGCCCAGAGCAAGCAGGAGGCUGAGAGGCUGGGGGAGAAGCUUCUGGUCACCGAAAACAGACUCCAGGCUCUCGAGUCCCUGUGCUCGUCCCAGCACACUGAUAUGAUUGAGUCCAACGACAUUUCAGGGGAGAAGGUCAAGAUGCAGGAGACUGUGCAGGGCCUUCAGGACAAGCUGAACAAGAGGGACAAAGAGGUGACAGCCUUGAUGUCCCAGACUGAGAUGCUCAGGGCCCAAGUAAGUGCACUGGAGAGCAAGUGCAAGUCAGGAGAGAAGAAGGUGGACACCCUGCAGAAGGAGAAGCGGCACUUGGAGGCAGAGCUAGAGGCCGUGUCCCGGAAGACCCAUGAUGCCUCGGGCCAGCUGGUCCUCAUCAGCCAGGAGCUGCUCAGGAAGGAGCGGAGCCUGAAUGAACUUCGAGUGUUGCUGCUGGAGGCCAGUCGCCACUCCCCGGGGCCCGAGAGGGACCUGAGCCGUGAGGUUCACAAGGCCGAGUGGCGGAUCAAGGAGCAAAAACUCAAGGAUGACAUCCGGGGCCUGCGUGAAAAGCUGACUGGGCUGGACAAGGAGAAGUCCCUGUCGGAUCAGAGGCGCUACUCCCUCAUCGACCCAUCGGCACCCGAGCUCCUGCGGCUGCAGCACCAGCUGAUGAGCACGGAGGACGCACUGCGGGACGCCCUGGACCAGGCUCAGCAGGUGGAGAAGCUCAUGGAGGCCAUGAGGAGCUGCCCCGACAAGGCCCAGGAAAAGCACUGACCCCGGAGCAGUCCCAUCCACACCAGCACCCCUCCGGCUUGCCCCGGCAGCGCCCCCUCAGGCAGGGGUCAGGACUGUCACUUUGGAGACCACAGUGUUUGUAACAAUGAUGUACCCACUGCCGCGGACAAUCCCCCGCCCAGACCCCCUGCCGGACCAGGAGGCUUCCUCAAGCACUACCUCCCACAGAGAGGGCUACAGUCCUAGCCUGGCCCUGGGGCCUUCAGCUGGGACACCCUGGACUCCCAGCAGUUUCUGGAGUUUGUUCUGGGAGGUGGGGUAACCUGGCCAGGCCCUUGAGCUGUCUGAGGACCAUCUUGGUAUCAUGGACAUGUCCCUGCUGGGCCUUUCUUCCCCUCCUUCUCCUGGGUCCCCCUCAGACCCAGAGAAUCAUUGUCCUGGGAAAGGGUCACAGGAGGCCCAGCUUCAUGCAGGUACUGAGGAGGGAAGUCCAGCCCUCAGGAGCCAAGUGGGGACCCCCUUCUCUGCAGCCACUUCCAGGCCAAGGCUGUCCCCAGGGCUCUUUGUCCCCAUAUACUGAGCCUCCUUCAAAUAGUAGUACAGGUUCCCUUCAGUCUGUCUGCUCAGCUAAGUUCAAGGUGUUGGGGGGCGAAGUCCUUCUUCCCCCACAGCCCCCAACACCAACACACACACACAGCUCCAAGCUGCUGGCCACAGAGUGGUCACCAAGGCCAGAAGCCGCAGUAUUAGGAAAUUUGGGAGCCCCUCUCCUCACCGCGAACACUGACCUGGCUUGGAGCUGGGGUCGGGUGGCCCAGGGAAGCCCAGAGCUAGGGCUUUAGGCAUGUCUUGGCUGGUCAGUAAUAUGGUGACCCUGGGCUGACUGGGUGUUCCAGAACUGGCCUCCCACCUGCAGAUGUGCCCGCGAAGCUCUGACAUAGGCAUCCACAGACCCUUGACACAUGCACACUCAGGGGUCAUGUGUGCACACACGGCCACGUGGGGAAUGCAUUUGCAGCCAGCCACACUCAGGACACACCGAAGCUCACACUUGGGUCCCAGGACUGAGCCCCAGGCCUGCCAGGUACACAUGGGCAGCCUAGCUGUGCACAUACCCAGGUAGACGUGGGUGAGUGUUGAGGAAUGUGUGUGCUGUGCACACCCGUCAGAAUGCACAUGUACCAACAGGUCCCUUUUGGUCUCACCAGGCAUCUGCCCAGAGCUUUUUAAGCCCCACCGAUUUCCUGUAGCCAGGAAAAGCCCCCAAGGGUUGUUGGCAGCAAGAAAAACCUAUGUGUCUCUCCCCCUUCCUCUCAAGCCCUCCUGAGUUACUCCAGGCCUGUGUGUGGCAGGAGAGCCAGCACUGGCCCAGCAGCCCCCACCUCUAGAGCUGGAGGGCUGGAAGGUUACUGCCCUGUGCCCAGCACCACCACAGAGGGUGGCCUCCACUUGGAGCCUCCCCUGCCAGGGAUGAAGGGGGCACCUGAUGCCCAAUCGUGGUGCUCUGAUGGACACCAGGACCAGUAUGCAGUCCAUGCCCUGGGGGCAGCCAGUCAGCCUCACCGCCCCCUCCCCUCUCCCCAGUGGCUUUCGGUAGCUCUCGCAUGUGGUUUUAUUAACAGCAGUCUAGAAGCCAUGAUUUAGUGGCCUAAUGCAGAGUCAAAUGCUACUCUUUCCAGCAAGAUCAGGCAGCUUGCCCGCCCACAGGGGAGGCACUGAUUCAUCUACUAACAGCCAAAGGCCCACAUGAGGGGUGACUGAGCCCCAGGGUGGGCUUGCAGGGGGCCGUGGCAGGGAAGCUCUAUCCUUGUGAGCAGGUCUGCCUACCCCAUGUGGGCUCAGUCAUGUCCCCAUCCCAAGUCCUCCCGCGCCCUUCCUCUCCCCAAAGUGGAAUUGUUGAAGUGUGGCCAGUCUGUGCUCGAGACAAUAAAGCUUGUGACUGAGGUCCAGGACCCCUGUAGUUGUCUGCUUCUUUCUGUGGGCAUCCUGGGCUCCCAGAUUGCAAGCAUCUCGGUGCCAGGAGUUGGUCUCAAUCCCAUUUCACAUGGGCGCCAGCUAAUUCCUACUCAUCAAAGUCCAGGGCUGAGCUGCAUUGCCCACGCAGAGGGCAUUCAGUGGGAACAGGUAGAAAACCAGAGAUGGGGCAGUGGAGGGGGUGGGACGGUGGAGGCAUUUGCAUCUGGAUCUGUUAGAGGUGUGAGUGGGCCCACCGGAGAAAACGGAAGAUCUCCCCAAUGCACAAAGUAGUGACAGACCAGCUCACAUAAGUUUGAUGAGUCCGGUGAGAACACAGCAUGUCGGGCAGCUGAUGCUGUCUCCUGUGGCAAGCUUUCUGUAGAUCAAAUAAACAGUCAACGUUUUGCAA